GCGUUGCAGGUAAAAGAGUUGACGUGAUCAACAAAGUUGCUGCAAGAAUCGCAUUUCUUCUCACAUGGUACGUAUCCAGGAUUUUCGUCGUCUUUUGUGGAUCUCGUAGUAUAAGGAUCAGCUCGAACCAUUAGUUGUUGCAAGUUUUUCAACGUUUUGUUGGCAACCAUGAUCGCUCCACGUGGAAAAACUUCAGCAAGCGUCGUUUGAAUUCGUCAUCUCAAGAGCAAAUCCGACGCAAUCGUGUAGCAACGCCAGGCGAUAUGUCAUCUUUUAAGCGUUUUGGAUGGCACGAGUUGCCGUGGAGAUACAUAAGACUACUUGUUGGUUUGCAGUAUACUGAUGUAGAAAGUUUUUUCUCCGUUAUUUCGAUCCGCAAAUCAAGAAAACAUAUGGAUUUUUUCCUCCGACUUCCAUUGUGAACUCAAUUCCAGGUGCUAAGGUGUUGAUGAAAUCGAGAAAUGUUAGUAAACGAUUCGGAUCGCCACACCAAAGGGACAAACAAUCGUCGCAUAAUCGACCAAAGUAUUUGAUCUCUGGAAAUUCGUUAUCCAUUGUCGCAAGAACAGCAUCAUCAACGCAUUUGAUGGCGAUGUCAGCGUAUGAACAAGAGUUGGCAGCUCCCAUGGCCGUUCCAUUCGUUUGCAUGAGAUGCUUUCCAUCGAAUCUAGAGUUGUUGUGCGUGAGGCAAAUCUUCAGUGCUUCAACAAGGCAAGCAGUUGAAGGUACAGCAUUUAUUCCUAAAGUGUUGUCGAUGCUAGGGAACAUGUUUACGAUAUCGAAUGAGACAAGUAUAGUGUUGUCGGUAAUCGUUUUCGAAUUCAAGUUGUCAAUUAUUUGCAAGAGAUGUUGGGUAUCCUUGAUCCUUGUAGCAAUCGAUUCGGCCAUUGGAGCACAAUGUUUCUCAACAAAUAUUGCAAGAUUCUCAAUGGUGGUGUUGCAUCCUGUAGUGAGGAGACGAACAGGUGUACCAGCCUUGUGUGUCUUGUAAAGGGUUGAAUUUUUACCAGGUUGGGCGUUAUCGUUGACAAUGAAGUUAGCCCAUUUGUAGGAUAAAUCGCCUUUGUUUUUCCAUUUUGUAACAAAACGAUCUACCACUUCAAUGUGAUUUUGUGUUGGAUCGUUGUCAAUCUCGAUAAAGUUACUUCUUUCAAUUUGUUGACGUGCCUUUUCACGAUCUGUUGUUUUAUUGACUAAGACGAAACGAUUUCCCUUAUCUUGAAUACGAAAUAUAGUUUGGUUUUCGGGAUCGUGCAUGUGUUUUUUCCAAUCGUUUAAAGCUUGUUUUUCCUCUCUUGUCAAAUUUGAUUGGUGUGGUUUUCUAGUCGUAUCAGAAAAAAGAUCAUUUUCAAUCCGACUCAAAAAUGUCUCAAGUUCGUGGAAAUUCGAACGAGGUGCGAUGGUUGAUACCGUUUUCUUUACGUAAGGUGGCAAUAUGGUAUCUUUGGUCUGGUGUGGUUCAUCUGCAGGUGUAGUGGUAUUGGUCUCAGAAUGGAAGAAAGCUCGAUUUCUUAAUAAUAAUGCGAUUCUUGCAGCAACUUUGUUGAUUACGUCGACUCUUUUACCUGCAACGCUACAAAGAAGCAUUUCAAAAUCCGUAAACAGCUCACUUGUACUACCAAACACGUCGUAUACAUGUGCUAUUGUCUUAAAUGCAAAAAACGAGGCAUUGGCUCUACAAACAGCUGGAAACAUCGUUUGGCCAAUUACAAAAGCCACAUCAAGAACCAAGUUAAAUCUUGUCAAAUUGUCAAGCACCGAAUGUAGCAACGAUGCCGAAAAUCCAACGAAAUUUCUUCGCUUCAUUCUGAUUGAUUAUGUGGACAAUACUGAUCAGCUUUCGAACGAAAACAUCGAAGAAAUCCUGCUCGAAAAGGAGAAGUUUUGGAUUGGUACGGUGUGCGCGAUUCAUCUAGGCUUGAAUGGAUUCCACGAUUGGCGACGUACGAAACGUAUACAGAAACAUUUAAUUGGCGAUUGGUGACUUUUAAUAAAUUUUAAACCUGCUCUCCUUUUACCUUUUACACUCCAUCGUAGUUUUUGGCUUUCUUUUAUCUCCAUCGCAGUUCUUUUAUCUCCAUCGCUGUUGUUUUUAACAUUUUUUAUUAGCUUUUUAUUACAGCAAUUAUAUCUUUUAAUUACAGCAAUUAUAUCUACUUUCAUAACAACUUUUUUUAGCAGAUUCUUUUAUCAUUGUCAUUUUCUGAUGAAGUCUGUUGUAGACAGACGAAAAUUUAAAUAAAUAUAAUUUUAUCACUCAAUUAAAAAUGCAGUCGUUCAUCAUUUCCAGCAUUCCUGUGUGUUAAUAUUAUUUUACAUUGGAGUUUUGACCUUCUGGACAAUACAAAUAUUGCAACAACUAUAUAUAU